UCAUAGCAACGUGAAAAGCAAAUUAAUGUUUGUGUGAUAUUUUACUUUUACGAAUUAGAAACGUAUAUUUAUUAAAAAUGAAGACAAAAAUAAUGGAAGGGCUACGGGGUCAAUGCAAAUUUAUUGAAAGGAAGAAUCCAUUAAUUUGGUGUUUCGUCUAUACCUAGAGCAAACAGAGCAUAUGUAGUUUUAACUAUUCGAUGCACAACUUCCAUUAUCUUUAUUUGAGGCUCACUUUGAGAGUUCCUGAUAAAAGUUAUUUGUUUGACAAUCAACUUGCCUGUAAUGGAAAUCAGUAAACAUAUAUCGAUAUAGAUUAGUUAUGUUGGCCAUAAAUUAGAGAACCAGACAUUGGUGAACUAUAUUUUAUCCGUAAGAGUGUUAUAAUUGCUUGUUAGAACAUGGAUGUUUUUCUUUAAAAUAAGUGAAGUAGAAAGCAUGGCAUUCCAAAUUUUUGUCUUAUUAUUAAAUAAAGAAAGUAUGUGCAUACUGAAGCGUCAUACUCCUGUGAAAUACCAAAUAAUUUAUAACUACCAUCCCUGAAUACAUAUGACAGUUUCAUGUAAACAUAAUUGCGCCGUGCCUUACCCCUGUAUACAUUCAAGUGUACCUUCAUAAAAUGACUACGGUUUGUCAAAGCUAAAAUAAGUAGGAGAAGGACACAAAUGAACUGAAGUGUUAUGUUAAAAAUAUCAAGUUUUAGAGGUUAAUGUAUGUAAAUGUGUCAAUGGACUUUUGUAGUGUCGUAACUAUUUUAAACGUACUGAAAUAACAUGUCUGAAUGCGAGAAUAAAACAAAUGAGGUUGCAACUAACGGAAAAAAUGCUGCUGAUAAAAAUGAUCCUGAACUAGCCCCUGAUGGCGGAUGGGGCUGGGUGGUAACAUUUGCAGCUCUCUGCACGACGUUUAUUGUCGAUGGAAUUUCGUUUUCGUUUGGCGUAUUUUACAUUGAACUGCUCGAUUAUUUUGGUGAAAGUAGAAGUUUGACUUCAUGGAUCAUUUCAGUUCUAAACGGAACAUAUCAUCUAGUUGGUCCUAUAGCCAGCAUAUCAGUGAACAUAUUUGGAAGUAGAGUGACGGCCAUAGCUGGUGGAAUAAUUGCAUCUGUAACCUUUGGCCUGUGUGUAUUUUCGCCGAAUGUCUGGGUCAUGAUAGCCACAUAUGGUUUUCUGGGAGGAUUUGGAUUGGGGCUGUCGUAUCUCACAAGUAUUGUGACAGUAGGUCAUUAUUUUAGCCGCAAGCGGGCCCUGGCAAUCGGAAUUGCUUCAUGCGGAUCCGGAAUAGGAGCCUUUGCGAUGGCCCCUUUGUCUGACUUUCUCAUUCAGUCAUAUGGCUGGCAAGGUGCUAUUUUGAUCAUAGCUGGUAUAACGCUUAAUGGAAUUCCCAUAGGAGCCGUGCUUAGGCCCUUGGAACCAAAAAGUAUCAAAAAUGCACAAAUAACGGAGACUACGAACACAGAUAACAUGGAGUGCAAUGAAAAAAGUGCUUUGUUUGACUAUGAAUUGUUGAAAAGUCCGACAAUGAUCCUGUUUUGUGUUGCUGCUUUCCUAUAUGACAUGGGACUCUUUAUCCCUUUAACAUAUUUGCCUGACCACGCAAGGAACUUGUCUUUAACAUCCCAGCAAGGAACAAUGCUUAUCUCCAUUAUUGGUAUAACAAACACGGUGUGUCGUGUAAUUGCCGGAUGGGUGGCUGACCGGAAGUGGUCAAACCCAAAUUUGAUCAAAGCUGUUCUGCUAACUACUGGCGGUGUAGCUACAAUUGCUGUGCCUUGGUUCACCGUGUUUAGCGUCAUGGUGUUCUAUUCAGUAGUGUAUGGAUUAUGUAUAGCCGUUUUCGUAACAUACCACGCUAUAAUCAUUACCAGUUUGUUUGGAAAAGAUAAAUUGAACUCGGCAUACGGAAUUCUUCUUCUAGCACUUGGCAUUCCAUCUCUGGUUGGACCACCUAUUGCAGGCGCAAUAUCGGAUCAUUAUGGUGAUUACAACGGGGCGUUUAUUUUUGCCGGAUGCAUGAUUUUUGCUUCGGGUCUACUUACUUUUCCUCUUACGCUUGUGCACAAAUGGGAGCGACAAAGGAAGCAGGUCAUCUAUAAAUUGGAAAGCACUCACUUAUAGGACUUGCUCUAUGGUUGUUCUAUAGUCAACAUUCGAAAAACAAUGCAAAUAGCCUAUUACUGUUGUUUUGCAUUAGUUAGGACUUGUUCGGUUAAUAUGAAUUUUCGAUUACAAAUGAGGAAAAUCCAUUUGCAUUCGAACACAAAUCUUUCGACAAUAUAAAAUUGUAUUUGACGAACUUCAGAGUAACAGUAAAAAAUAUUAAUUAAUUAUUUUAAUAAAAAAGAAAACAAAACAAUGAUUACAUCCUAGUUACAUAAUUGUAAAUGUUUCCUUAAAGCA